AUGAACCUUCUUGAUCUCCCCGAAGAAAUACUUUUUAUGAUCGCUGAGGAAUUAGAAGAGAAAGAAAUUCUGCAACUCGUAUGCACGAGCCAGUAUCUACAUGGUCUGCUUCUUUCGGAAAGCCUCUACAAACGAAACAUUAAAGCCGGCGCAUCGGCGCUAUUAUGGUGCGCAGAAAAAGGCGUGGAGUCAACUGCUCGGCAACUAUUAUCAUUGAAUGCGAAUAUCAACGUUCGGAGCAGCUUCUAUGAGCAGACACCUUUAACCCUCGCCGUUCAAAAACGCCAUUACUCCAUAGUUGAGCUACUCCUGGACCAUAAAGCCGACGUAAACUUAUCUGAAACAUCCAAUGCUACCGCCUUGCAUUCUGCGGCAGAGAAUGGCGAUGAAAAGAUGGUGCACAUCCUUCUCCGACAUGGGGCCGAUAUCAAUUCGACAAAUCACUUUGCCGAGACACCUCUUUGUCUGGCCGCAUAUGAAGGCCACUGUGGAGUAAUCAACAUUCUUCUUGAUCAUGGUGCGAUUAUGGGGUUUCCUAAUCUUGACAUGGACCACUUGGCCUAUGAAUGUUGGUUUCCCCCACUUCAUGCAGCAGUUGAGGAAUUUGAGGAAGGCAAUAAGAGCACGGCUGCACUGGAGCUACUUAUAAGCCGUGGUGCUGAAGUGGAUAUGUUGGAUGGGAACGGAGAAACUGCGUUACAUUGGGCUGCAUCGUUCGGUGCCAAUGCUAUGGUUCAGGCUCUCCUUGAUCAUGGAGCCGAUAUUAACCGUCCCAAUAUCGAUGGUAAGACAGCAUUGCAUAUCGCAUCAGAGCAAACAGAACAAGUAGAUACGAUCCGAAUCCUUCUGGAUCGAGGUGCUGACUGGAGACUCACAACCAUGACUGGCUUGACCCCUCUCCAAGUUGCUAAGGAGUCUGGCCACGAGGAUAACGUGGGGUUAUUUGAGAGGCACAUUGCUUCCUUUGAUUCUCUCUUGGCGGAGGAGUUGGAAACAAAUAAUGUAUCAUGA